UGAGAAAAGCACGUGUUUUAUACUGUCAAAUGUGUUUACAAAUAUUUGUCUCUUCUUUUAGAGAAUAAAACAAUUUUUAUUAGUAUACCUUCAAUUAGACACUUGUUUUAAUACUUAACAACAGAAACUAAUUUUUACUAAUAUAUUUACAUGAUCCUAAAGUUUAUAUUGAAGAAAAACAAACUUCCUAACCUCAAAAAUAUUUACCCAGGACACCUAGGACAACAUUAUUUUCUUUCUGUUUUAAUAAAAAGGAUGGAUAAUUCUGCACAAAUAAAGGAAAAUGAUGGAAAUAUAAUUAAAGAAGGAAAGGCAGAAAUUUUAGUCGAAGGGAAAAAAGUCUUUUACAAUCACGUUCAGGAAUUUAAUCGAGAUUUAAGUAUUGCAGUUUUGUCACUGUUCGCCGAAGAUUAUAAUUCCGAAUCGAAAACGAAAAAAGUAGAAAAGAAAAAUUUAAUAAUUGAGGAUAAGAGUUCAACUGAGGCAAUAGAGAAUAAGGGAAUUACAAUAUUGGAAGCUUUGUCAGCGACCGGUUUGAGGAGUAUAAGAUAUGCUAAGGAAAUAAAAGGUAUAAAAUAUGUGGUUGCAAAUGAUAUUUCAAAGGAAGCAAUCAAAGCGAUUGAGAAAAAUAUCGCUCACAAUGGAGUUGAAGAUUUAGUAAAACCAAGUCACGAAGAUGCAACAAUGGUCAUGUAUCAAAACAGAAAAACGCGUUUUGACGCCGUUGAUCUUGAUCCUUACGGAUGUCCAGCAAUAUUUCUCGACGGUGCUGUUCAAUGUCUCUCGGAAGGAGGAUUACUUUUAGUCACCGCCACCGAUAUGGCACUUUUAGCUGGCAAUUUUCCAGAAACUUGCUACGUUAAAUAUGGAGCUUUGUCCUUAAAAUCAAAAGCCUGUCACGAAAUUGCUUUGAGAAUUUUGUUGCAACACAUUGCAGCACACGCUGGACGAUAUGGUCGCUAUAUUCAACCUUUACUUUCGAUAAGUGCCGAUUUUUAUAUUCGUGUAUUCGUGAGGGUGUUUACAAGUCAAAAGAAGUGUAAGGAAAAUGCCAGUAAAUUGGGAAUGCUCUAUCAAUGUGUUGGCUGCGAAAGUAUGACUGUUCAACCCUUGACCGUUAAAUCCCCAACCGGAAGUUUUAAAUUGCCACCAGCACCCAGUGUCGAGCAAUUCUGUAAACAUUGUCAAAGCAAGCACCACGUUGGCGGUCCUUUGUGGAUGGAUCCUAUUCACGAUCAAACAUUUGUUUCGAGGCUUUUGUCAAAAGUUGAAGAAAUGGAUUUGGGAACGAGUAAAAGAAUCGAAGGAGUUUUGAGUGUCGUGAGAGAAGAACUUGACAGUCCAUUGUAUUAUACACUCGAUCGUUUGAUGUCAAUUGUUCGUGUUGAUACACCUUCUAUGCUCUUAUUUCGAUCGGCGCUGUUGAACGCAGGUUACAAAGUUUCAUAUUCACAUGCAAAUAAAAUUUCCAUAAAGACUGAUGCUCCCAAUGAUGUUAUAUGGGAUAUUGUACGAGCUUGGGAAAAGCUGAUGUUGCAGGAAAAACCCGCGAGACGAGAACGACUCGCUGAAAAUAGUGUGGCGCUUACAAUUUUAACAAAAGAUUCUGUAACACCAGUGUCAUUUGCACUUCAUCCUCUUGCAAAUCCAGUUUCUCGACAAAAACGCUUAUCACGAUUUCAAAUAAAUCCGGAAUCAAAUUGGGGACCUGGCACAAAGUCUUGUAAUAUGAUGAAUCACGAGAAACCGCAUCAUUUAAAAAGAAAACGAAAUCAAAAUAAACACGAAAAGAAUAAAAGAAAAACAGACGAAAAAGAUGUUGGAGAAAAUUCAAUAGAGAAAGAAACGAGUGUAAAUUCUGAAAUGGAAUCGUAAAAAAAAUGUAAAUUAUUCUAACAUUGUAAAAAUGUUUAUAAAUAAACGAUUUUUCCACAAA